AUGGUAGGACGUGGGUACCCAGAGUUGUGCCGGGGAGAAGGGUCAAGCCCAAGCAGGGACGAGCGGGAAGUGGUGGCGCAACCGGAGCCGCCGCUAGGAGAACAUGGCGGGGGAGUGAGGCGAGCCACCAACAGCUCCCGGUGUUGUUACCCGGGUGCGUCCCGCCCACUUCCGCCCCCGCGCCAACCGCCGUGCGCGGAUGGCGCCAGCAUCGCCCCUCUCUGCCCCGCCCCGCCAAUCGCGGGGGAGCAGCGGCCUCUCUGCCCUGGCUCCAGCCAAUCGAAAGCGACACAAACACUCGGGGCCACGCCUCCCUUAGGGGCCGCCCAAUCCGGGCCGACACGCCCUCCCGGUCUCCGAGUCACGGGCUCGCACCGAGGCCACGCCUCCCCGGGCCUCUCAGCCAAUCGCGGGAGACGUAAACAGGCGUCGGCGCGCCCCCGGUGGGCGGUGGCAGCGGGCGGGCACGCGUCGCUCGCCAUGGAGGAGCCGGGCCCGGCCGCGGCGCCGGCGGAGGGGCGGGGGCGGGACGAGCGGAGCCUGGAGGCGCUCAGCCUGGCUGGCGGCGGAGGGGCGGCGGUGGCGGGGCGGCAGCUGUCGGAGGGGCGCCGGGCGACGCUGGCGAGCGCCCUGGAACUGGAGGGGACGGUGCUGCGCGAAGGGCGCCUCACCCAGUUCGUAGCCAACAACCUGGAGCGGCGGAUCCGGCUGAGCGGCGCCCCGCGGGGCGAGCCUCCGGCGGGGGGCGGCGGGUCCUCCAUCCCCGCCAUCGACCCCGGGGCGCUGCAGGACGUGGUGGCCCUGGCCGGGCAGGUGGCGGCGCAGGUGGACGAGCUGCUGCGGAACGUGCACUGCGGGCUGCAGGCGCUGACGGCGCUCAGCGUCGGCUGCAUCCAGACCUACCGCGACGGCGUGGAGAGCCUGGGCGAGGCGGCCGACCUCAGCAUCCGCGCCAUGUACGCGCUGGUGGCGCGCUGCGAGGAGCUGGACCGCGCCAUGCAGCCCGUGCCCGCCCUGGCCAAGCGCAUCCGUGACAUGAAGGGCACGCUGGAGCGGCUGGAGGGGCUCUGCAAGUAGCUGCUCCCGCCGCCGCUCCUCCCGUGCCGGCAGCCGGGCCUGCGGCUGCUGCUCUUUGGCUCCGGCGGCCCCACCGCUCACGGCGUCCGCAGCUCCCGCCUGCGCAUCCUCGCUCGCUCUCCCCGUGCGUGACUUGCCGGCAGCCGUGGCCAGAGCGCCUGGGUUGAUCUGGACGAAGGGAAAUUUUUGCGGCGGACGAAGGAAAAAGUCCCGGUUGAAAACCGCGGGGUACAUGGCAGAUGGUGCUUUUUAGCUUCAGCUCCAUUAAAGAAUUUGGAUUUCACAUGCCUUACGCUUUCUAUUUAUUGAGGGCUAAGAGAAACUAACGAGUAUUAAUUAAAAGUAGAUUUUUUUAAAAAUCAAAUUAAAAAUUCUUGUGAGUACCUGCUUGAUGCUUACAGGCAUCUGUGCUUAUUUGUAGUUGAUUUGGAGCCUGAAGAGUAAUUCUCACCUAUGUUUUUAAAGCAAAUAAACUCACUGAACACCACUCUUUCUUACAGGACACAGUUUUAAGAUAAGAGUAAGUUUAAUACACAUAGCAAAGACACUUGUUUUCUGAGAAGAAUAUAAAGUCCAUGGAAGAUAAUUUAGAUUCAGAUAAGAACAAAUCAUAAGCAAAGUUCUAAAUAAAAGCUUUCAGAUUAAA